CUCACGCAACUUUGGAACUUAGAGUGGAGCGAAACAUAUUUUAAAGCAAUGGCGAGCUAAAUAUUAAAAAAUGCACUUUGAGGGAGAAAUAAAAGUACACAUUUUUCUAAUUUCUUUUUAAGGCGACUAGCUAGAUCACAAAAUGUGCAAUUCAUCGUCCACUUCAAGGCAUAAAUGUCGAACAUUUUUCGAUAUUUGAUACACUCAUAAUACAUACAUCACCGAACAUAAAUUCUUGUCCAAGCCGGGGCAACCUAAUACACACUUCUUAUUAUCACUUUGCUGUUCUCUGUUUUGAUAACAAAAAAAUGGACUCUCUAUUCUUAGAUUUGCCCAAUUUAUUUUUUGUGAAUACAACAUGCAUAAGUUCUUCGAGCGUUUCUGGUGAUUUAGUAUAGAUUUCGAUUUCGAUAUAUGAAGACAGACGGGCGGACGGUCGGCGGGAGAGGCAAAUAAAAUCGAGAAUAAAAAUGAUUUUGGAAAUUGUUAUUGUGUUUGUGACGUUGCUUUUGUUAUGGGACUAUUUAUCUAAAAAGCGACGCAAUGACAUGCUGAGCUACAUGAAAGGGCCCAACCCUUUGCCGGUUGUGGGGAAUGUUCUCUCAUAUCGUGGCCAAAAUCCCGAACAAAUCAUGACAUUCAUUACCAACAACAGCAAAAAGUAUGGCGACAUGUACCGCGUAUGGAUACUCCAACAGUUGGCUGUUUUCUCAUCGGAUCCUCGUGAUCUGGAGGUCAUUCUCAGUUCGCCCCAGCACAUAACCAAAAACAACUUGUACGAGUUGUUGCAUCAGUGGCUGGGCACUGGUCUGCUGAUGAGCUCAGGCAAGAAAUGGCAUUCGCGUCGUAAGAUAAUCACUCCAACAUUCCAUUUUAAAAUCCUGGAGCAAUUUGUGGAAAUAUUCGAUCAGCAGAGUGGGGUAAUGGUUAAAAAAUUGAGCGAUAAGGCCGAUGGGAAGUCAGCAAUUAAUAUCUUCCCAGUUAUUUGUUCAAUGGCUCUGGAUAUUAUUGCAGAAACUGCUAUGGGCGUCAAAAUCAAUGCUCAAAAUAAUCCCAAUUUUCCGUAUGUCCAGGCCGUAUUUACCGUCACCAACAUUACCACCAAGCGCUUCAUCAACGUUUGGCAUCGAAUCGAUUGGAUAUUCCGUCUGACGGCGCCCACAGAAUACAAGCGAUUGAACGAGAGCAUCCGAUUGAUGCACCAAUUUACCGAGAACAUAAUUAUGGAGCGAAGGGAGUCACUGCAAAAGACCAUUGACCAAAAUCGAUCCCUCGAAGAGGAUGACCUCGGACAGAAGAAGCGCAUGGCCUUGUUGGAUGUGCUAUUGCAGUCAACCAUCAACGGGGCUCCCCUGAGCAAUGAAGACAUCCGCGAAGAGGUGGAUACAUUCAUGUUUGAGGGCCACGACACCACCACCAGUGGCAUAUCAUUCGCCCUCUACCUCAUUGCCAGACAUCCCGAAGUCCAAAAGAAAUUAAUGGAGGAGAUCGUAGAAGUGCUGGGCACCGACAAAGAGCGUCCAGUGUCGCUGAGGGAUUUGGGUGAAUUGAAAUACCUGGAGUGUGUUAUAAAGGAGUCAUUGCGUCUUUAUCCACCAGUACCCAUGAUUGGUCGAUAUUUUACCGAAGACGUUGAAAUUCGUGGCAAGAAAAUUCCGGCUGGUACCAAUUUCACAAUGGGCUUUUUCGUGUGCCUCCGCAAUCCCAAAUAUUUCCCCGAUCCGGACUCCUUUAAGCCGGAACGUUUCCUUGUGGAGAACGGGGCCAACAUCGAUCCCUAUGCUUAUAUUCCAUUUUCGGCGGGUCCUCGUAACUGCAUUGGCCAGAAGUUUGCUGUUUUGGAAAUGAAGAGCACCAUAAGCAAAAUGUUGCGCCACUACGAACUACUGCCCUUGGGACCCGACGUCAGACCGAUGAUGAAUUUAAUUUUGCGCUCGGCCAAUGGAAACCACAUUGGAUUGAAGCCCAGACAGUCUUUGGUUGAAUAUUUUCCUACCUUGGGUGUUCCCUUUAGGCAGUGCACCUUCGUAAAAAUGCUAUGGCCAAUACUUUUAGCCGUGUUUGCAAUCCUCCUGGUGGCAGACUACUCUAGACGCCAGAAAGUCAUCGCCACCUUGGGAAAUAUUCCCUUGGUUUCCCACAUACCCUUUAUUGGAACGAUUGCGGUGCUCUUUCAGUUAAAUCCCGACAACUACGACAGGAAGUGGCAUGAAUUCAUACUCAGAUACGGCAAGACAUUCGGGUCCUUUCUGCUUGGCAUGGUCUUUGUGGUUACCACGGAUCAUCGAAUUGUGGACGCAUUGCUAGCCAGCAACGAGAAUUUAAGCAAGAACUUUGUAUACAAAAUGCUCACCAGUUGGCUGGGCAAUGGACUCUUGCUGAGCAGCGGAAAAUCGUGGCAGACAAUGCGAAAAAUCAUCACACCCACGUUCCACUUCAAAAUACUGGAGGGGUUUGUAGAGGUAUUUGAUCGACAAAGUGACGCCCUGAUUGCCAAACUGAAAUCGAAGGCCGAUGGAAUCACUCCUGUCAAUAUUUACGAACCAGUGGGACUCCUAACUUUGGAUAUAAUUGCUGAGACCGCAAUGGGAGUUGUCAUCAAUGCCCAGUCGGAUUCGAAGUCAGACUUAAUCCAAGCCGUCAAUGAAGUUACAGAUAUAAUGGCGAAUCGCUUUGUACGCCCCCAUCUAUCCUUCCAGCUCCUGGCAUGGAAUACGCACAUGAAACUGAAGCAGGGCAUCAAUGUUAUGCAUGCCUUUACUGAGAGAAUUAUCGAGGAGCGCAAGCAAUCGCUUCUGCAUGCCGAUGCAAGGCACACGACAGACGAGAUGGAGUUUGACGGUGAUGGUGUUGGUGCAAAGAAGCGUCUAGCAUUUCUAGAUGUUCUGCUACAGGCCCGGGUUGAUGGACAGCCCCUGCUCGAUAAGCAAAUUCGCGAUGAAGUCAACACUUUCAUGUUCGAAGGCCAUGACACCACCACAUCGGCCAUAUCAUUUUGCCUCUAUGCACUAUCGCGUCACCCAGAAAUUCAGGACAAAGUUUUUGAAGAGAUCCGAUCGAAUUUCGGUGAUGAUUUGAUUCGGCGAAUCAGCUACGCGGACUUGCAAAAAAUGAAUUAUUUGAAUUGCGUUAUAAAAGAAUCGCUGCGUCUAUUUCCACCAAUACCGGCUGUUGGCCGUUGCCUGGACAGGGAGUUGAAGCUGGACGACUGCACCAUACCUCGCCGCGCUAACGUUGUCAUUUUGCUUUGGGAAAUUCUGAGGGACCCUGAAAACUUCGUUGAUCCAUUAUCCUUCAAGCCCGAUCGCCAUCAAAAUGAGGGCAAUACCAAAGCGACUGGUUACAGUAACAUACCAUUCAGUGCGGGACCAAGGAAUUGCAUAGGACAACGAUUCGCCCUAUAUGAAAUGCGCACCAUACUGAUAAAGAUUCUGAGAAACUUUGAAUUGCUGCCACUAGGCGAAGAAGUCCAAGUUUCGAUGAAAAUAGUUUUGCGUUCCAAGAAUGGUGUAAAUAUUGGACUGAAGCCCAGGCAGUAUCAAUGAUCUUUAAUCAAUGUACAUGUGUAAUGAUGGAAAUUUGAAAACUAAAAAAUGUUAUUGUUAAAUAUAUGUAUAUCUCAGUAGCUCUACCUUAAGAUCUGUAUUCCUCUACUGGGUGAGCUUAUUGAAUAUACCUCUGUAGGAAGGAUCCAAUUCUUGUACUUUACAGCGUUCUCUAAAACUUGACGUAGCAGACACAUUUUUAUAUCUUCCCCACUGUGGUGAAAUACACGUCAUAUCACAAAAUCUCUCAAAUAAUGACGUUGUAAAAGCUGAUUAUUCUUAGAAUUAACCAAUUGUUAUAUUUUCCGAUUAGAAACAUAAACAUUUUUUUGUAUUAUUCAUUUCUAUGUUCAACACACAAAAGAAUAAAUUGUUCAUUUUUCAAUGUUGAAA